CUCGACGUGAAAAACAUCGGCACUGGCGCCUACGGUGUGGUAUGUUCGGCGAUCGACCGGAUUACCGGACGCAAGGUGGCCAUCAAGAAGGUGCCCAAUAUUUUCGGCACCAUAACGGUCACUAAGCAGACUCUGCGAGAGGUGAAAAUCUUGCGCCAUUUCCACCAUCCGAACAUCAUCGCCGUACUGGACAUCGAAAACAUAUACAUCGUGCUAAACCUGAUGGAGACGGACCUGCACCGUAUCAUCCACUCCGCCCAGCCGUUGACCGAUCACCACGUCCGCUUCUUCAUGUACCAGAUUCUCCGGGCGCUGAAGUACAUCCACUCGGCGAACAUCAUUCAUCGGGACUUGAAGCCGUCGAACAUCAUGGUCAACGCCAACUGCCAGGUGAAGAUCGGCGACUUCGGCAUGGCCCGCAGCCUGGCACCUGGCAACGACCGAAAAGACCUGUUUAUGACACAGUACGUGUCGACUCGGUGGUACCGGGCGCCAGAGAUCCUCUUCUCGCUACUCGACUACUCGUAUAGCGUCGACGUGUGGUCCGUCGGCUGUAUCUUUGGCGAAAUCCUGAACCGUCGACAGCUGUUUCCCGGCAAGGACCACGUGAAUCAGAUCAAGCUGAUAAUCCACCAUCUUGGCACCCCUUCCGACGACUUACUAAAUCGCAUACCAUCGGAUAUCAUCAAACGGGUGAUACUCAGCUACGGAACGAUCGCUCCGGUCCCCUGGCGCGAACUGGCACCCAACGCUAGCCCCAGCGCCAUCGCGCUAUUGUCUGUCAUGUUGAAGAUUUGCCCUUGGGAAAGGACGUCGGUCGAGAAGGCGCUCGGCCACCCGUACCUGAGCGAGUUCAGGGACGAACAGUCGGAGAUCACCUGUGAACCGUUCGUCAGCACCGACUCGAGCACGCAACAUAUUUGUUAA